GAAGCGGCGUAGGGUCCGGCGCUGCGCGGCGGGGGAGACCGGGAAGGCGGAGGCAGGAGGCGAUAAAACCCCCGUCGCCACUGUGACCGGGAGUCUGCUGCCUUCCCUCCUCACCCGCUGCCGGUACCGAGCUUCGGGCCUCAGCUCCGUUCCCGAGGGCAGCGGGCCAGCGCUGCCUGCGCCCGCGGGGGAGCGCAGCCGAGCCGCUGCCGUGCUCUUGGGGCCCCCAGAUUCCCCCGGAGCCGAGCGGAGCGCAGCAUGCGGGGCUGCGGCUGGAGGCGGCGGCGGGGCCGGCAUCGUGCUCCUCGGACAUGAAGUGGUCACCGGGAGCUCCAGGAAGCCUCCCAGCUCCUGGCCACAGCUACUAUCAGCAGCUCAGAGCAGACAUUACAGAGUUCAUCCUGCUCAGAUACUGCUCCAACAGCAGCUGGUGCAAAACUAAGUGCACAAAUAAUCUGUGGCAAGGAGCACUGGGAGAGAGCUAAGAGACAGUGACAAUGUCUUUAAACAGGAGGAGGAUUCCUACUCGACUUGGAGUUUUUAAAGUGAACUGCAAAGGACUCACAUGCCUCUUGGUCUUCACAGUGAGCAUUUGUGGCAGUACCCCAGGGAUGUGUCCGACAGCCUGCAUCUGUGCCAGUGAUAUCAUAAGCUGCACCAAUAAGAACCUCAGUCGAGUGCCAGGAAAUCUUUAUAAAUGUAUGAAAAGGCUGGAUCUGAGUUAUAACAAAAUUGGGCUCUUGGAGCCUGAAUGGGUCCCAGUGUUAUUUGAGAAACUGAACACUUUAAUAGUCGAUCAUAAUAGCAUUAGCAGCAUUAUCACUGGAAGCUUUUCUACAACUCCAAAUCUGAAGUACCUAGACUUGUCGUCCAACAGCCUGAAGACACUGGGCAGCCCUGUGUUUCAGGAGCUAAAGGCACUGGAGGUUCUCCUGCUGUACAACAAUCAGAUAACGCAGAUUGACUCUUUAGCGUUUGGAGGAUUGUACAAUUUACAGAAACUAUACUUAAGCUACAACUUGCUCUCAAAUUUCCCACUGGACUUAUAUGUUGGAAAACAUAAACUGACAGACCUGGCGUUGCUGGACGUUUCCUUUAAUCGCAUCCGGUUAAUGCCUAUUCAGCGCUUGAGUUCAGUGCCAGCUAAACAACUUAGUGGAAUUUAUCUUCAUGGCAACCCAUUUUAUUGUGACUGCCUCCUGUACUCCAUGCUAAUCUUCUGGUAUCAAAGGCAGUUCAGCUCAGUGGUGGACUUCAAAAAUGAGUACAGCUGUUUGUUGCAAUCAGACCCAAAAGGUCACAAUAAACUGCCUUUACUGCUCGACAACUUUCUGAAUUGCUCUGAAAGCACUGUCAACAGCUCUUUCCAAGCCUUUGGGUUUAUUCACGAUGCCCAAGUUGGUGACAGGCUGAUUGUACACUGUGACAGCAGAAUCAGUGAUGUGGGCACACACUUUGUUUGGGUUAGUCCAGACAAUAGAUUGCUGGAGCCAGACAGGGAGACCAAUAACUUUAAGGUGUUUCCUAAUGGCAGCCUGGAGAUAACAGAUGCCCAGCUAGAGAACUCAGGGCUGUAUUCCUGCAUUGCAAUAAAUAAGAAAAGAUUAUUAAAUGAAACCAUAGAGGUUAGAAUAAAUGUUAGCAAUUUCACAAUGAACAGGUCCCAUGCUCAUGAAGCAUUUAAUACAGCUUUUACCACCCUUGCUGCCUGUGUGGCCAGUAUUAUUUUAGUAUUGCUGUAUCUCUAUCUGACCCCCUGCCCAUGUCAAUGUAAGGCCAAAAAAAAGAAGAGGAAGCUGAACCAAGGCAGUGCCCACUCUUCUAUACUGAAUUCUGCAGUGCCGCAAGAGCUGAAUUCUACAAUGCCAGCAGACGAGAAGAAGGCUAGCACUGGUAAACGAGUGGCUUUUCUGGAACCUGUGCAUGAACCAAAGCACAGUCAGAAUGGGAAAGUAAAACUGUUUCCUAAUGACAGCAUCAUUACUGAGAGUAUCUUAAAAACUACUCGAACAAAAUCCGACUCUGAUUCUGUCAACUCUGUGUUCUCAGAUACACCUUUCAUGCCACCAACUUAGUUUGCUGCCUGUGUUUGUGUUGUGCAGUUACAUUUUUGAAUACCUCCUUUGCUUGUAGCAACCAUCAGGAAAAACAAAUAAAAAGAGAUAAAAUGUUUUAAAAAAA